AUGAAAAUAUUAAUACCUAAGACAGAAAAAAGCAUAUGUAUUUUAUUAUAUUUAUUUUAGAUUUUAAAUAUUAUUAAUAAUCUGAAGAAUGUAAGAAUAAACCAGAAAAAUUGAGAGGUCUUUUAAAAUAAUUAAACAAUGAAGUUGGAACUUAUUUAUCAAAAAAAAAACCAAAUAAAAGUAUAUUUUAAAAUAAUAUAGAACAAUUAUAGUUUCCUAAUAUGGAUGUCUUAUAAUAAGAAUAAAUAAAUAAUAUUGAGAUUAUGAAAAGAUUAAAAUAUUAAUUCAAUCAACAAUAGAAAAGAUUAACUAUAUUAGAAUAAAAAAAUAUGAGAAUAGAUUUAGUAUAUAAAAUAUCUUAAUGUGAACAAAAUAUAAAAAUGCUUUAAUAAUAAAUUGAAACUUAAAAGAAAAUCACUUAAAAAUAAGAAAAGGAAAUUACUUAAAUUGAAGAAUAAGAUGGUGUUUCUAAUCUUUAAAAUGAAAUGUAAUAUAUAAUAAAUUUAUUUAGCAACAAAGCCAAUAAAUAGAAAAAUCAAUUCAAGAAUAUCAAUUAAAAAAUUACUUGUUGAUCUAAUUAAUUGAAAAUUAAUAAAAAAAAUCAUAAAAGCAUUCAGAAUAUUAAUCCUAAGUAAGAGAUAAAGUCAUUCUUAAAGAAUAAUAAUGUGCUAUUAUUUUAGAAUAGGAUUUUUUAUUAGAAUAAUAAUACUAAAAAGCUUAGUUAAAAUUAUUAAAAUAUGAAAGAAAUAAAUAAAUUCUUGAGGAGAAAUAUUAAGUUGAUUUAAAAUUACUCAAAUAGGAUAUUCAACGCAAAUCAAAAUAAUUAAUGGAGCUUGAAAAUUUUAUUAUUAAAAUUCAUUUGGAAAUUAUUUAAAUUAACGAAACUUGUUUAAGAUUGAAAGAAUUUUAAAUGAAAAGAUCAUCAACAAUAAGAUAAAGAAUUAAAUAAUCAUAAUAGUAUAAUCAGUAAUCAUUAUAAGGUUAGGAUUAUUAUUAAUCAGAUAAUAAGUUAUAAAUUGUAUCUAACAGCUUUUAUAAUACUAAAUAAAUUGAUAAUUCUAAUGUUUAAGCAGAUAUUCAAAAAAUAAAUAAACAAUAAUUUUCACCAAUAUUGGAUGAAUUUAAUCAUUAAAAAUAAGAGUAAAAUAUAAUAAAUAAUGAUAUCGUCAAUGAAGAUACAUUAAAGUUAUAGAUUGGAACCCUGGAUGAAGAAAAAUAUAGUUAUACAGAAAUUUAAAACAAAGAAAUUGUUGAAAAAUAGUAAGAAUCUCAAAAACUAGAAUAACAAAUAUACUCUGAAUAAAUGGUAUUAAUUUUUUAACAUUUCACCGCAUCCCCUUCUAUUUUUUUUUUAAUUUUCUUAUAUAAUUUGUGUUAGUUUUUUUAAACAACUUAUUUAUUGAUUAAUAAAGUCUCUUUAAUUAAAUGA